CUAAAUUGUUAGCUUUUGAAUGACCCAGUUUGUGAUAGUAAUUCAAACUAAAUCAAGUAUCAUCAGGGACGUUAUCAUUAUGGCGAUGAUAAUUUAUCUGAUGACACCGGUGACAAGUCCUACAAUUGAGAUACAGAAACCGUCAAAAGCAGUUCAUUACUCCUGCAACCGCAGACGCAAUGGAAGAGAGCGGUAGAUCGGAAUUCGUUCAACGAAGUGAAAGCCUAGAAUGCCUGGAAGACUCGCCACGCAUACGAGAUGUGAUGUACCAUUAUUUCAGAAACAUAUGGACCAAGGAUUGCCUAUACCGUCGGUUACCGGUUUUGCAGUGGGCUCCAAGCUAUGGCGUGAAGGAUUUUUUUGCCGAUUUCAUUGCGGGAGUAACAGUUGGACUAACUUCCAUCCCACAAAGUAUUGCCUACGCAACGGUAGCGAAUCUGGAACCACAGUAUGGUCUCUAUUCGAAUUUCAUGGGAUCGUUCGUCUAUGCCAUUCUUGGAACAGUAAAAGAAAUCACUGUCGCACCUACAGCCGUGAUGGCACUGAUGGUUCAACAACCGGUCAAAGAUCUUGGAGCCGCUGGUGCCGUACUAUCAUCGCUCUUGUCCGGAUGCAUUAUGCUAUUGCUUGGAUGCCUCAAUUUCGGAUUUGUAGUGCAGUUUAUUUCUAUGCCGGUGAUUACUGGCUUUAUAACUGCUGCAGCUAUUACAAUUAUUAGUAGCCAGCUCAAAUCUUUAAUAGGAAUUACGUCGUCGGGCAAAUCUUCCGAAUUUAUAGACACGUGGAUCAAUCUCUAUGAAAACAUUGGCGAAAUACGAUUGUGGGACUGCGCUCUGGGACUCAGCUCAUUGAUCAUCCUUAUCAUACUUACGGUUAUUAAAGGACGGGGCAAAGGAAAAUGGAAAACUAUUACGAAAUACGUUUGCUUGUUACGAAACGCAAUGAUUGUGAUAAGUGGUGGUGUAAUUGCUUACAUUUGUAGUUCUCAAGAGAAAUAUCCGUUCAAGUUAACCGGUAAGGUAGCGUCAGGAUUGCCAUCAGUCCAGUUACCACCGUUCCAUUUGGUCUACGAAGACCGGCACUACAACUUUAGCGAAAUGUUACACACACUCGGUACGUCCGUUAUUUCGAUCCCGCUGAUAUCAAUUCUUGAAAUCGUGUCAAUUGGGAAGGCAUUCUCCCGCGGAAAGUUGGUAGAUGCCACACAAGAAAUGUUGGCACUAGGAUGCUGCAAUGUUGCCGGUUCAUUUGUGUCCUCUAUUCCCACAACGGCGUCUUUCGCACGGUCAGCCAUCAAUAGUAGCAGCGGUGUGGCGACAACUUUCGGAGGAGUGUUUACGGGCAUCCUUGUACUACUAGCGUUGGGUUUGCUCACAGAUUACUUUUUCUACAUUCCCAAAUCUACUCUGGCAGCAGUGAUUAUUGCAGCGAUGAUUUUUAUAAUAGAGUACCGCGCCAUGGGAGAAAUGUGGCGUACAAAGCGCCUCGACAUUUUACCUUUCAUAGUGACCGUGGUCGCCUGCCUGUUCAUAGGUCUCGAGAUUGGGAUAAUAAUUGGAAUAGCUGUCAAUUUAUGCUUUCCAUUGUACCUGGCCUCAAGGCCCAGAAUUACACAUCGUCUCAUAAACGUCGAAAACACAGCGGUAUUGAUAGUACGCCCUGAUAGUGAUCUUGCCUUCUCCUCAGCGGAAUAUUUCCGUGAACAAAUACUGAAACUUGCAUCUUGUAAAGUGCCCGAUGUGAUUCUGAUUGACGGAGAGUGGGUGAAAUUUGUAGACAGCACAGUUGUGCGGAAUCUUUCCAGCAUUAUCAGCGAUUUGCGGCUGCAAGGACGUCAAGUGCUACUUUGGAGGUGGCAUAGAAAUAUACGUAGUACACUCUACCGAUUUAAGAAGCAAAAAUUUAUGCCAUUGUUCAGAAAUGAUGAAUGUGCUGAGCAGGCAGUUAGUAACUGGAAAAAAGGAUGCGAAAACGAAUCUUUUGUUAUCCCUGUAUGA